AUGUCUGACCCUAUUGCCCCUCAUAGUGCUCCCAUCGCUGCUUACAUGAGCGUCCAUGAAGCUACCAAUCUCGCUUAUGUGAGAUACUUUGGUCAUAUUGAUAAUGCAACAAAAGCAACUUUCAAGAGCCUGGAUUCUCGCAGCUUCCAAUUGAGUUACUGUCUACCCAACGAUACACAAGCGCACCAAGUUUCUAUCCCAUUCAAGACGCCAUUACAAAAGAGAGAGGACAUCCGACCUGUGUUGGAAGCCAUGGCCAAGGAAGCUGAAGAAGCAUUAGGAUUACCUAGCUCACUAACAGGUCUGCCUCCCUUCAUGGCAGUUGCAAAAGCCAUUGCUGCCUCCACUGACGUCUAUACACCUCCUCUACCUCAGGUGCCUUUGAACAGCUUCUACUUGCCCGAGAAGAAACUCAUGUGGAACAUAGGUGUUGGCUUGGGCGUUGUAGCUUUAUUAGCUUGCUCUUCUGAUGCCUAUCUACAACGUCAAUUCCCUCCUCAGGUGUUGGAGCUUCGAAACAAGAUGGGUGCAGAAUUGCUCUACAAGAUAUGGAAGGGUUUAGUGGUUGUUCAUUUGGCUGAGGGCGCCUAUACAUUCAUCACCUGUGUCCGCAGAGGCUGGUACUCCCCUGUGAAUACAAUCAAAUGGACAUUGAGCUCUAUUUUAUUUGGUUUCGGAUCUCUUAAGCAAUUGAAGAAGCAUGCAAAUGAUGUGGCUGGUAUCAAGUCAAAUUGA